AUGACGAUAUCCAAGGAAGCCUUGCUCAAGGAUUACGAGUUUGACCCAAGUAUGCUUGAACGCGUAGCCUUCCGCAAAGUCAAACAUACCAUUGCCAUUGUCGAGCCAGACCCUUCCUGGCCUCAGAAAUUUGCCCUUGCCAAAGCUCGUAUUGAAAUGGCCCUUGGCGACACAGCCGUCUCUAUCAACCACGUCGGCUCAACCAGCGUCCCCGGUCUUCCUGCAAAAGCAGUCAUCGACAUUGAUCUUACGGUUCGAGAUGUCGCUGACGAGGCAUCGUACGUGCAAGCGCUUGAGAAUGUAGGAUUCCAUUUCCUGCUCAGAGAGCCAGCAUGGCACGGACAUCGUUUCUUUUGCGACUACGAGGAUGUGUCAACGAAUUUGCACGUCUGGGGCCCGGAUUGUCCCGAGGCGGCGAGACACAAGAUCUUUUCGGAUUGGUUGAGGAAUAAUGAGGAGGAUCGAAAGUCAUAUGAGAACAUCAAGCGGGAGGCGUCCAAGGCGAGCAUUGCCGGUGGUGAGGAUGUACUGGAGUACAAUAAGAGGAAGGAGAAUGUGAUCCGGGAGAUUUUACAAAGAGCUUUCAAAGCUCUAGGUUAUUUGUGA